GUACUGUGUGGGAUGUUUUCUACUCGCCCCCCAAUCCCUUCUCCUUCCAUUUUUCUGCCCUAAACCCAAUAUAUAUACAAGAACCCUCGUUUCUCCACCCCUUUCAAGCCGCUCUCUCUGUCCUCCGCCCUCCUUCCUCAUCCCGAAAAUGCCCUUCUGACUCUCCAAGACGGACUUCAUUGAUCGCAGCAGCCACCCAUUAUUCCCUCAUCAAGAAACCAUAAUCUCAUCAUCGGAACUUCAUUUAAAGCAUAUAUUAACACCGGUGUGAAUUACUUAAUCUAAAGAUUGAAUUUUUAAGCUGUUUUCUGUGAUGGGACCGAGUCUGGACAGUGCGAUUUCGAGCCUUCUUUGUGACGAGGGAGAGGAUGGGCCGGGGUCAGGGUCAGGGUCGCCGGCGGCGGUUCAUCGGAAUCGUCGACGCAGAAUCCUAAAUUUGUCUGAGCUUCCGGUUCAGAGUGAGGAGUGUUUGGCUUUGAUGAUCCGGAGGGAGAGUGAGCACUUGCCUUCCUGUGAUUACUUGAAGAAACUGAAGAAUGGGGAGUUGGAUUUCGCCGCUAGAGAUGAGGUUCUUGAUUGGAUUGCAAAGGUUCAUUCACAUUUCAAUUUUGGACCACUCUGUGCAUAUUUGGCUGUGAAAUACCUCGAUCGCUUUCUCUCUGCAUAUGAACUCCCUGGGAGCAAGAACUGGAUGAUGCAGCUCUUAGCAGUAGCUUGUUUGUCUUUGGCAGCAAAGAUGGAAGAAACCGAAGUCCCCCUCUCUUUAGAUUUACAGGUUGGGGACAGUAAGUUUGUGUUUGAAGGUAGAACGAUUCAAAGAAUGGAGCUUCUCGUGUUGAGCACGCUGAAAUGGAGAAUGCAGGCGGUCACACCAUUCUCUUUUAUAGAUUAUUACCUCAAGAAGGUAAAUGGAGAUCAAAUGGCUUCGAGCUCAUCUGUUGUGAAAUGCACAGAACUCAUUUUAAGCACACUUAAAGGAAUUAACUUCAUAGAAUUCAGGUCAUCUGAGAUUGCAGCAGCUGCAGUGGCAAUCUCUGUUGCGGUAGAAACUGAGGCUGGAGACAGUGAAAGAGUAAUUUCUUCCCUUACCCAUCACAUACAAAAGGAGAGAGUGAUGAGAUGCAUGGAAUCAAUGCGAGAACUUUCUUCGCAGAGCAGUUUUCUUACGGCUCAAAGAACUUUCCUCCUUUCUGUACCCCACAGCCCGAUUGGCGUUCUUGAUGCCGGAGCCUGCUUGAGCUAUGCAACCGAUGAAUCAGGGGUGGGACAUUGUGAAGAUCCCUUGCCAAACAGCCCUGUAACAAAGAGGAGGAAGCUGGAAGGCUGAGGAAAAGAAACAAUGGGAAACUCGCCAGGUUCAAGCUGGAUAUGAUCUUGUCAAGAAGUGGGAAGAGGGCUGCUCUAGAAGGUGAAAGUUUUAAGGAAAACAUGACAUUGAGAAAACAUUGUUUGUUUGUUUGUUUGUUUUUUCUUUGCUUUCCUAAGAGUAAUGGUUAUAUAGGUGAGUUUGAUGUUUGGUUUUCCUUUGUGAGGUCAUUCAAGAAAGAAAAAAAAAUGCAGAAACAGAAAAAGAGGAAGGCAAGUUUUGAGGAUUUGUUGUGGUUACAUAUCACUGCUUUGGUGUAUAUAAUCUUGGGUUUGUGAAGUU